AUGAGUGUUUGUAUGGUUUCAUCAAACCACCGUUCCAACUCACCAUGUUUUGUGGACGUCAUCGUGGAUAGCAAAAUUAUGCAGAUGGAGAUAGACAGUGGUUCAGCCGUGUCUGUCAUCUGCAAGCGAUUUUAUGAACGGAAGUUCAGAGAUAGUCCGUUGUUGGAUUGCUCUUUGAAGCUUGCCGUUGUCGAUGGUGCCCAUUUGUCAGUUGUUGGACAGAUAGCUGUAUCAGUGGAGAUCAACGGCCAGCGCAAUGAUGUUUCGUUGGUGGUGUUGGAGAGCAACAACAUCAUUAUGCCGUUGUUUGGUCGUGAUUGGCUCGACAUUUUCUUUCCAGUCUGGCGGAAUGCUUUCCGAAAACCGAUGUCGGUGAACCAUACGAGCGUUACUAGAGAGGAGAAAGUCAUUGAGGAUUUGAAAACUAAGUUCCCCAAUGUAUUUGAUAAUAAUUUUUCUACUCCUAUAACAGGUUUUGAAGCGGAUUUGGUACUAAAAGAUGAUACGCCGGUUUUUAAGCGAGCUUAUGAAGUUCCUUAUCGUUUGCGUGAUAAAGUCAUCGAGCAUAUUGAUUCCUUAGAGCAAGAUGGUGUGAUUUCUCCCGUCGAAGCAAGUGAGUGGGCUUCUCUGGUCAUUGUUGUUGUGAAGAAAGAUCAGGGAAUCAGGAUGGUAAUUGAUUGUAAAGUUUCCAUCAACAAGCUCAUCGUCCCAAAUACAUAUCCGCUACCGUUGACUCAAGAUUUGUUUGCAUCGUUGUCUGGUUCAAAAGUUUUCUGUUCUUUAGACCUUGCUGGAGCUUAUACUCAGCUUUGUCUUUCCAAAAAGUCGAGGAAGAUCAUGAUUAUCAACACAAUCAAGGGUCUUUAUUCAUACAAUCGAUUACCACAAGGAGCAUCUAGCAGUGCUGCUAUUUUUCAAAAAGUGAUGGAUCAGAUUUUAAAAGGUUUGGCUGGAGUGUUUUGCUAUCUAGAUGAUGUUUUGAUAGCUGGUGAGGACUUUGAGGAGUGCAGAAAGAAAGCUUUAUUUGGUUUUAGAUCGUUUGGCUAA